AUGACUGAGUUGCACCAGGCAGCAGCCGCAGGACACUAUGAUGAGCUCGAGGAGCUCCUGAGGGAGCAGCGAUGCGACCCAAACCAGAGAGACGUCGACUGGAGCCACAAGACUGCUCUCCACUGGGCUGCAGCCAAAGGGCACACAGAAUCGGUGAGGAUCCUCCUAGAGCACGGGGCCCGGCCGUGCCUGAGGACAGUGAAUGGAUGGACUCCUGCACAUUACGCCGCGGAGUCCGGCCACCUCGUUGUACUGCGGCUGCUGCACUCCCUCCACGCGCCCGUCGACAAGGAGGACUUCAGUGGAGACAAACCAGCACGGAUAGCCGAAAUAUACGGACACCACGACUGCGUUGUGUUCCUUAAAAAAGCAGAGAUCGAAGCCCAGGCCUACCGCGAGAUGGCAGCUCAGAGAGGGAUUUCCAUUGAUGAAACAGAUGAGGAGUGGGAACAACGGCGCACAGAAAAUGAAGAAAACAAGAUCAGCAACAUUCAGACAUAAGUCUACACCACUUUCUUCCUUCUCCACAAAGAGAAGAGGCCUUUGGUUGAACCCUCUUCUGUGGCCAUUCACUGCUAAAAUAUCAAUUAAAAACAUCUCAUGCAGUAUUAUUUUGGACUGAAACUCGCACAUAGUGGCUGACAAAAGAGACGGACUGGCACUGACAAGACUGUAGACCAAAUAUUAAUAUAGUACAGCAAGAACUCAGCUGAAAACUCAACAGAUGUUAGAAAUCUAUACAGUGGAUUCAACUAAAAUCAUCAGCCAGGAACCAUAUAAGUUUAAGAUGAUAUUCACUUGUUAAUUGAGUUAAGAUUGACAGUGGUUUUCGUGUUGGUAUUGCUGCUGGAAAAGGAGCCGUUGGUGCCCUGCAAAACAAUGUGUAAAAUCAAUUCACGGUCACUGCGGUAACUUACACAG